AUGAGCGUACAAACGGAUUCAGAAAAGCGUAAGCAAAUAUCCGUCCGGGGUAUUGUUGCCGUGGAAAAUGUAACUGAAGUGAAAAAGGCAUUUAACAGGCACGUACAUUAUACAUUGGUAAAAGACAGAAAUGUUGCGACCCCGAGAGACUAUUAUUUUGCCCUGGCCCAUACAGUACGGGACCACCUGGUAUCACGGUGGAUACGUACUCAACAGUAUUACUAUGAAAAGGACCCUAAGCGUGUUUAUUACCUUUCAUUGGAAUAUUACAUGGGCAGAUCUCUGCAAAAUACUAUGAUAAACCUCGGUAUCCAGGGUACAGUAGAUGAAGCACUUUAUCAGCUAGGGCUCGAUAUUGAGGAACUUGAAGAACUUGAAGAAGAUGCUGGUCUUGGCAAUGGAGGCCUUGGAAGACUUGCUGCAUGCUUUCUAGAUUCCAUGGCGACACUUGGCCUUGCAGCUUAUGGAUAUGGUAUAAGAUAUGAGUAUGGUAUCUUUGCACAAAAGAUAGAGAAUGGUGAACAGCAAGAAGAACCUGAUGAUUGGUUAAGGUAUGGCAAUCCAUGGGAAAAGGCACGCCCAGAAUUUAUGCUUCCCGUUAAUUUCUAUGGACGUGUAGUAGACACCCCACAGGGCAAGAAGUGGAUUGAUACACAGGUCGUGUUCGCUAUGCCGUAUGAUAAUCCAAUUCCCGGCUACAACAAUAAUGUGGUUAACACACUACGUCUAUGGUCCGCUAAGAGUCCAGUAGACUUCAAUUUAAAAUUCUUCAACUCCGGUGAUUACAUCCAGGCCGUCCUCGACCGCAACGUCGCAGAAAACAUUUCGAGAGUACUUUACCCCAACGAUAAUUUCUUUGAAGGCAAAGAGUUGAGACUCCGUCAAGAAUACUUUAUGUGCGCUGCCACAUUGCAAGAUAUCAUAAGGCGAUUCAAGGCAUCUCAAUUUGGAUCUCGUGAAGCUGUUAGGACCACAUUCGAGUGUCUUCCCGACAAAGUAGCGAUUCAGUUAAACGAUACCCAUCCGGCUCUCGCAAUCCCCGAACUUUUGCGGGUCCUGAUCGAUAUUGAAAAUGUGCCAUACGAAGAAGCCUGGGAACUCGUUGUUAAAUGCUGCGCCUACACAAACCAUACCGUUCUCCCGGAAGCCUUGGAGAGGUGGCCAUGCUCUAUGUUAGAAAAUGUCCUGCCAAGACAUAUGCAGCUGAUCUACCACAUAAACUUCCUUCACCUUAAAGAGGUUGAGAAGCGCUGGCCCGGUGACUUCGACCGUAUGCGUCGCAUGUCCUUGAUAGAGGAGGAAGGGGAAAAGAGAGUUAACAUGGCUCAUCUUUGCGUGGUCGGCUCUCACGCUGUCAACGGUGUCGCAGCUAUUCACUCGGAUAUUCUGAAAGCUACCAUAUUCCGUGAUUUCUAUGAAAUGUGGCCAGAGAAGUUCCAGAACAAGACUAAUGGUAUUACUCCCCGCCGUUGGUUACUACUAUGCAACCCCGGUCUUUCUGAUCUCAUUUGCGAUAAAAUUGGCGAGGAUUGGACGGUUCACUUGGAGAAAUUACAAGGGUUGAAGCGUUGGUCGAAAGACCCUGCAUUCCAGCGAGCUGUAAUGAAAGUGAAGCAAGAGAACAAGUUGAAACUUGCCGCUCUGAUCGAGAGGGAUACCGGAGUGAAGAUAAACGCGGCAUCGAUGUUCGACGUGCAAGUGAAACGUAUUCACGAGUAUAAGCGUCAACUGUUGAACAUUCUGCACGUGAUCACGCUGUAUAACAGGAUCAAACGAGACCCCUCGGCUGCCUUUACUCCGAGGACAGUGAUGAUCGGAGGGAAGGCUGCCCCCGGCUAUUACAUCGCCAAGCAAAUCAUUGCUUUGGCGUGUGCUGUAGGCAACACUGUCAACAACGAUCCCGAUGUGGGUGACAAAUUAAAAUUGAUAUUCUUGGAAAAUUACCGAGUCACUUUGGCAGAACGUAUCAUGCCCGCGGCAGACCUCAGCGAGCAGAUAUCGACCGCCGGCACAGAAGCUUCUGGAACUGGUAACAUGAAGUUCAUGCUUAACGGCGCCCUGACCAUUGGUACUAUGGACGGCGCCAAUGUAGAAAUGGCAGAGGAAGCCGGCGAAAAUAACAUGUUCAUCUUCGGUAUGAGGGUUGAUGAUGUCGAGGCUUUGCAGAAACGCGGAUACAACGCAUACGAGUUCUACGAGCGCAACCCGGAACUGAGGCAGUGCAUAGAACAGAUUCGCAGCGGUUUCUUCUCUCCAGACGAACCGGGCCGCUUCGCGCAUGUCGCAGACGUGCUCCUCCACCACGACCGCUUCCUGCACUUGGCUGACUUUGAUGCUUAUAUAGAGGCGCAGGAUAAAGUGUCGCAAGUGUAUCAGAACUCGACGAAAUGGGCGGAAAUGGUUAUAGAAAACAUCGCGUCUUCGGGAAAAUUCUCCUCCGACCGCACCAUCUCCGAGUACGCGCGGGAGAUCUGGGGCAUGGAGCCGACUUGGGAGAAAUUGCCUGACCCUCAUCCACCGCUCGUGUUUCUCAGAUUCGGGCAAGGCCCGGCCGCAUCGCGGCUAUUGCAGUGUAUACGUUUUUAUUUUGAUAAA